CCGUUGUUACUGUCCUUCUUCCUCGGGGGCGAGAGCGUCUCUGACGUCUUCUGUCUUCGAUAAGCGACGGCCAUCGACUAAACCGGUUUCGUUGUUUCCCUGCUCGACGCGAUCAGUCUCAGAAUGACGACGGUAGCGCAACUGCCUCAGCUGAGCUGGCUCGCGGCGGGUCUCUUGGGCCUCCUGGCUAUGCUUGUGUGCGCAGCACCACGAGAGGCAGCGUCCGUACCCAUCGUGUCACCAGCCAAGGGUCGAACGCGUUUUGCAAACAUCACACUGCACAGGGGUAUUCCGCACCGCAAAUUAUUGCCAGUGCCAUCUGGAUGUCUCGAAGAUGGGUCGUUCUGCGAUUAUGUGCCCGGAUAUCCGGAAGAAAUGGUCUUGAAGUUGAUGAAGACUUGGGGACCUCUGUACCAAAGCUACUUCCAGGAUGGCGAAGAAGAAGAAUUUGAAGAUGAAGACAAAAAGAAAAGCGAGCUUAGAGUGAAAGAAGACGAGCAACAAGUUCGGACCCCAUUUGGUGGAGCACCGGAGGCCCAAGUGUGUGACACCCAAAAGGAAGUCCGAUACCCUCGCAUUGGGUUGGACAAAGACGGUCUCAUGCGGAUAAUCAUCAACACCGGCAGCGAGUACCGUCAACCGGUGCUCAUCGAGAAAUGCCGGAACGAAGAUGGAACUUGUGGUCGUAUUCAUGACAUGCUGCCAGCAGGACAUACAACGCGCUGUGCCACAAAGUACGUCAACAGGGUCCUGGUUGCGCUUCCCCUGGACGGUAACGCCAUCGAACCUGUGCCAACCAAGUUUUCUUUCCCAGCUGCUUGUGUCUGUUUUGUCCGCCUACCAGGACGUGGGCUGGCACUAUGAUCUCAUAUGAACUAUGGACAAUGUUCCGUGUGGAUUUCGACACAGAGUCGCUCCACGAGACUGGCAACGACUGCCGUGUUUCUGUGACGGGAACUUGUGUUCUGGUUGACUUUUGGAAUACAUCUUGUGCAGCUGUUCGGCAGAUGCCUCAAGCUCCAAGUACGAGCGUAGGGGCGAAGACAAAAUGUUCUCAGCCUGUGCAUACAAUGUGACCCUGUAUUCCAUCUGUGAGAGGGUUUAUUGUCUUGCUCUUCAAAUGACGCCGUUGGGUUGCAAAGGCUAAGCGCUGUGUCGUGAGAAAAAAAAAAAUAUUUUCCUUUCGGUUAUGUUCAAAAUAUAUUUUGAGAACAAGCUCUACAAUCUUAUCUUCGCAGGAUAAAGUUAAGUCCUAUGUGCACCUUUUGGAUUACUUUUAUUAAAGGCGUUGUGACACUCUGACA